AUGGUCGACAACAACAACAACAAUGACAACGAUCCACAAGAGUCAUCUAUAACUCAUCAUCGUCCUCCACCCAAGCCUCGUCCGCUUGCAUGGUCCAAACGUUCUGGCCCCAUGACCUCAUCCGCUGAGGAGGGGAUUUUCGAGGCCAGUUUCUCAAGGUGCUCAUCAAUGAUUCAAAAGACCCCUGAUGUCGCUACAGAUCAACAAUCCUGCCCAUCUCAUGUUCAACUUGCUGAUGGCACUUCAUUGACACGUGCCGAAUUCGCCUCCCUUGCAGAUGAAGAAAUAUGCGCCGACACCCAAGAUGGCAAUAUAGAAACAACAGCUCCUGCAUUGGUUACUGAAGCACACAGCACUACUGCGAGCAAGGAUCCAAAUCCUGCCUCUGAAGUUCAAUCAAAUGACCCCAAUGGUGGGACUUCAGCUACUCCUACUGAGUCGCACAACACAGGGCAUGGAAGCAAGGAUCAUGGCAAGGAUACUUCAGCUGCCCGUGCUGAGUCACACAGCGCAGAGGAUGGCGGAAAUAAUUCUGCUAUUCCUGCUACUGGCCGCCCACGUAGGUCAUGCGGUGUCAUGUCAUAUGCACCUGAUCGUAAUGACGGUGAAGAUAGCUCUCCAUCUGACAGUGACUGGGCUGCCAACCAAGAGCUGUGCAAGAAAGCACAACGAGCUGCUGUUGAUGCCGCUGCGAACGAUGGUGACAACGAUGAUGGUUCCCCUGCAAGCAACCCCCCAUCUCCAUCUCGGUUGACGGCCAGACAAAAGCAAAAGUCCAAGGUGAUGGUGGACGUCAAUGAACACAACGACAGUGAAGACGAGGACGAUGAAGACUUUGUGAAGAUCAAAGGGAGAAUACCUCAAGCAGGUAUCUCGAAGGUGCAGGAGCUUGGAAAGAAUACGAUGGAAGCCGCCAGAGCAAUCGGAAAAGAAUAUGGGAAGAGUGCAAGGACGAUCCUCAUCGAAGCUGGGUUGACGAUGAAGGCAACCCGGAAGGAGUCUCUGUGGAACCAACAUCAGACGUGGUUCGCAGUCACCUGCCCCCCACCUAAAGGAGUAUCGGGAGCUGUGUCACCAGCGGAUCUUAAGGCUUGGAAGGUGAAGCAACGAGCUCAUUACAAGGCCCACCCACACGGUGACCCUCAGCACUCAUCAGUGUGGAAGGAGAUCCUGGAGAACUGGGAUCGUGCUGUUGCGGGUUCAACCGAGGACCUUACAUCACGAUCUGCUGCAGGUCUGAUGAUGGCUGUUCGUGAUGCUUUUACAAAAUCGGCUGCAUACUGGCAUCGCACCCAUGGCAUUCACAUUGCCGGUGUGGCAAUAUUCCCUGGUGACAAAGAGGCAGGCCGCCAAGCAUCAGGACUGUUCGCCGGCUCUGACAUGGUCAAGGCCCUCAUCAACUCACACCAACUGGAUAUCAAGUGUUGGCUAGAUGAGCUCACCAUAAUCCUUAAGUACAAAGACUUGGAGGCCGCACACGCCAAAGGCAAGACUUUCAGUUUGCUCCCCCCUUCUUCCACCACUCCGAACGGUACCCUCUUGUGUAACGGCAAGCCAGCCAGGGAUAGGAACAGAAAGGUGGCGCCCAUGAUGAUCAGUGAGAAAUUUGCUGAGGCCGGCCACCCGCUCAAAACCUCGAACAGUAGGUGGCUGACCAUGUUGGACAUCCUGUAUGCCGAGAAGCUUUGCAUACAUGAUUGGCCCGCUGGUGUUCCCCUGCCUGGCCCCGAUUUUGAUCUCAAGGCUCUAUCUGCAAGUCAACUAUGUGCGUUGGUUGCUCCAUAUCUCAGGAUUCAUCUCGGAGCCAUGUAUGAGGCCGAGUUAGGCCUUGACGAUGACAAUGACGACAGCGAGGCAGAGGCAGCGAAGGUGAAGAAGCGCAAAGGCAAGUCCAAGAAGUCAGGCGACAAGGGAAGGAAGAAGGGGCUGAUUGCAAAGGAGCCAAGUGUAGUAUUGCAUAUCAGCAGAUGGCCUGAAAGUGAUAUUCUUGCUCUUGAGAUGCAGGCCUCAAACGCGUGUCUCAUCCCGCUCGUCAUCGACACUGACGGCAGGGUCGUUCACACCCUCCAAGACUCGGAGAAGUUCAUCAAGGACCUUCCACAAGACGACACUCCUAGACGCCGCACCAAUGAGGUAAUCAAAAAACCCACAAUCUCUAAUUCAGCAGCUUCACGCUCAACUAUGGAAACUUCGCGCUCAACUAUUGGAGCUUCGCGCUCCAAUCAGACAGCUUCGCGCUUCAACAAUGCAGCUCCAAGCUCCAACCGUGAAGCUUCACACUCUCAUCAAUAUACUAACCAAGUUAUCCAUGAGGAUCUCCUGCCUUCAUCGCCACCCCAGGAAGCCCCACGCUCGUGUCGCCCUACUAACUGA